AUGGAGUCGCAUUUCCGUGCAAGGGGACGCCGAGGGCCCGAGCCCAGAGGCUCCGCGGCGAUUUACUCCAGGUCGCCGGCUAGCGGUGGCACAACUCCCCACGAGGACCACUGGGCCCGGACAGGGCAUGGCCGAGUGCUUUGGCCGCCGGCAGAGACGCGGCCACCAGGUGGCGCCAGAGCGCCCCUUCGCCUCCGCCUCCGCCUCCGCCUCCGCCUCCACAGGAUUCUCCCGGCGCUGCGCAUCACCCAGCCCCCGCAGGCCGCGGAUCGCUUCCUAUCCCGGGUCCGACGCCCCAGCCCCGGCGGGGACCCCGAGCGCGCCGCCAGUGGUCCUCUCCCUCCUCCUGACUCGAUCAGGCCGGCGUCUUCCUCUGCGAGCGGGAUCACUGGGCCAAGGGCAGCGCAGGAGUCGGUGGAUGUAGGGAGAAGGCAGGAAGAGGUACUUGUAAAAAUACUGCGGGAUACACCCUUUGCUGACAACUGCUUCUCACAAAGCCAGCUCAGCCGCCUUGACCCCUGUGGGGCGGAGAUGGAAUUUCCCCUGUGGAGCAGCUGA